AUGCCUUUCGGCGACUUCACAUCCUUUUGCCAGACGGCACCGCUGCCCCUGUGCGCAGCCGUCGGCCCCAUCACCUCCAUAUCAAACGGCGUCGGCAUCGAGACAAACUGCUAUGCCCGCAACAUCGAGCUGGCCAACACCAUCAUCUUCCAGAUGGCCACGAGCGCCAUACACAUUGUCGCCCUGGCCAUGACCGUCAUUAUGAUCCUCCACGUGCGCGGCAAGUUCACUGCCGUUGGCCGCAAGGAAAUCAUCAACUGCUUCUACAUCUACAUGCUCCUGACGUUCAUCUCCCUGUGCGUCGAUGCUGGUGUUGUCCCUCCAGGCUCAGGCCCCUAUCCGUACUUUGUUGCGGUACAAAACGGCCUUUCAUCUGCCCUCAUCACCUGUCUGAUGAUCAACGGCUUCGUGGGCUUUCAACUAUACGAGGACGGCACGCCGCUGUCACUAUGGAUGUUGAGGCUGUCCUGUCUCGCCGCCUUUGCCAUAUCCUUCCUGGUGUCUCUAGCGACCUUCAAGAGCUGGGCCGGCCUGGGGCCUACAAACACAGUGGGGCUGUUUGUGGUGCUGUACGUGCUGAACGGGGUGCAGUUGCUCAUAUAUCUGGUGAUGCAGAUAAUAUUGGUGUCCCAGACGCUGCAGGACCGCUGGCCGAUGGGAGACAUCGCUUUUGGUGUCUUCUUCUUUGUCCUUGGCCAGGUUAUUUUGUACGCCUUCAGCGACAAGAUCUGUGACGCUGUGAGCCACUAUGUCGAUGGCUUGUUCUUUGCCACAAUCUGCAACCUACUGGCAAUAAUGAUGGUCUACAAGUACUGGGAUUCCAUCACCAAGGAAGACCUCGAAUUUUCAGUCGGAACUAGGAUGAACAACUGGGAGGUGAAGGAGCUGCUGCCCGAGGAGGAGCGUCGGGGCACAGUAUACCAGGACGAUCCUUAUGCUCAGUCCAGCACAUACGAUCACGGUUACUCACCGUCACCAAACGCGACUGGGCACCGAUACUCGUCAAAAUACUAG